UUACACGGGAGAAUGACCACCACUCAAUACUUAGCUACCAAGUAGUUUGUACUUUUGACACUUUGGUUCCUGUCCAUUCAAUAUAUAUUUCUCAAUCUCAACUCAAAAUCACAAAUCACACUACACAACCUGUCUCAUUUUCCUGCUUGCUGCUCUAUACUCGUAUCAAAUUCCAAAUGGCUAGUAGUUUUCACACAUUUCUCUGUCUUUUCUUGGUAACAUUGUCAUACUUCACCUCACUGUCAAAUGCAUAUAGUUUUAGUGCUGGAGGGAAAGAUGGCUGGAUCUUAAGCCCUUCUGAAACCUAUGAUGCUUGGUCUAAAAGACAGAGGUUUGUCAUUGGUGACAGUAUCACUUUCAAAUACACACAAGGAGUAGACUCUGUCUUGGCUGUGAACAAAAAUGACUACGACACUUGUAACGUAAACAAUCCCAUUACCAAAAUGGAGGAUGGUAAUUCAGUUUUCAAGCUAGACAAAGCAGGCCCUUUUUAUUUCAUCUCUGGAAAUAAAUCAAACUGUGAUCAAGGUCAGAAGCUGAAUCUUGUCGUGAUCUCUCCCAAGAACCACCACACGGCUACUUCACCUGUAGCUUCUCCACCUGCUCCUACUGCAAUGACACCCUUGUCGCCGGUGGCUACUUCACCUGUAGCUUCUCCACCUGCUCCUACUGCAAUGACACCCUUGUCGCCAGAGAUUCCAGCCAUGCCUGCUCCAACUGUGUCCGCUGAGGCUCCAAUGUCAGGGCCAGGAACAGGUCCAGUUGCAGCAGCAUCCACUCCGUCAGGAGCGCCACCUCCAACAUCGGUAGCAGCUGCUAAAUUGACUCCUUCAAUUGCUGCUGUUGCAUCAAUUUGGUUUGUUACUAGUGUGGCACUAGGUAGCUUCGUUAUGACUCAUUAGGAGGUAGCAACGUAUAUUUAUGUGGAUUUUUGAAUAAUUAUUUGCGGUCUUUUUUGCUUUGUGUCUGCUUGGAUUUCCUUCAUCUGUUAUUUAAUAUGUGAUAAUAAGCAAACUUCAAAACUGUCGCACUGUCGACGGGUUUUAUAAUAUCUGACUUAAUUAGUUAGUA